AUGGCGCUUGCGUUACGCCAGGCUUCUCUGUUGAAGCCAGAGAUACGACUGGCACAAGCAGUUUCCGAGUUUGAAACUUUGCUCAGCUCUCCACAGAAGGCAUCUUUCAGGACUGAGCGUUCUAAAGCCUGCACCAAACCCCCGACCGCAGGUGACGUGAUGCGACUUACGGCCGAGAUUGAUCAUGAAGCCCGCCAGAGGCGACUUUCAUCCCGAUGUUUUGGGCCUCGUCUGACCAACCUGCUACAGGCAGUCCAACAGUUUGCUACCUUGGGUGAUGUCGUGGUAGGCGGAUCUCAAAACCUCGUCGCGUGCGGAGUAUGGGCAGCGGUCAGAGUGACCUUGCACACAGGCACCGCGACAUCAGGCAAUGGCUUUGAUCUAUCCGAAAUCCAAAGAGUUUCCUUUGUGCGGAAAUCAACGCUCAGCCAAAUGACGAGUUCCCUCAACGAUUCAGACAUCAAAGACUUUCAAUCCGAUCUUGUCCUAUGGUCCACAUCCAUAAAAGAAGAGGUCGAUCUAUUGCUCAACCAACAUCAUGAGACCGAGGCCCGGUCAAACGCCAAAGCACGAGCACUAGCAGCUCGUUGGUCGUCCUCUACAGCACACCGGUUUGACGUCGAAAAGAAAUCGAAGUGGCUUGAUAGUUGCUCUACCUACGAUUUUGAGACAACAUGGAAUCAAAUGAAAAAACUGGGUUCAACGUCAUUGCUUGCAACCUCAAGCGAGUAUCAGCAGUGGAAGAAUCUUGGCUCGUCAACAUCAAUUCUCUUUAGCGGCAGAAUCGGCGCCGGCAAGUCGGUCACAAUGGCAAACGCUGUGAGCGAUCUCAGUCAUGACGAAAGAGCUAUUGUGCUUUAUUUCUUCUGUCGAUAUGAUAUCCCAGAGAGUUUGAAUCACCGGACGAUCCUUGGUAGUUUGGCAAGACAGUAUCUGACCUGUUUCCCUGUCGGGAGUGAUGUCUUCGCUGAAGACUUAUUCUCUCCCCAGAUGGGAGUCGAAGAUUUUGCCCAUGUUUUGACACUUAAGUCAGGAAGAGAAACAAAGAAGUAUAUAAUUGUGGAUGGUCUGGACGAUUGCAUUGUAGAAGAACGCCGAAUCGUCCUGAAACAACUCAGAGAUGCAUGCAUUCAACCAUCAUCGAAGUGGCACUUGGGAGUUUCCGCCCAGUUAUCAGCCGACCGCUUCAUCAGGAACCAACUGGAACCAACAUGGGAAAUCUCACUUCCUAAUGAGAAUCAAGAUAUUAAGUAUUUUAUCGAUUUUGAAAUCAAAGCUCGUCUCGAGAACGGCGUUUUGGCCGUUGGAGAUCCCGGAUUAGUCUCAGAUAUCAAGACCGCUCUGAUUGACGGGUCAAAUGGGAUGUUUCUUUGGGCGGCUCUCCAACUUGACGCCAUUUGCUCAGAAAAUCAGACCACGACAUACGAGAAGCAAUCAAAUCACUUCCUCGAGAUCUCGAAACAACUCCUUGGUUUCUGCGGCAGCUUGAUCGUGAUAGACGAAGAGGAAGGUACUGUUCGAUUUGUACACCACAGUGCCAAAAGCUUUUGCCAAGGCUCUCUGGGUCAUAUCUCGAACUGGCAAUUCACGGAAGAAGAAGCCCACAAUGAGCUCGGCGGAACGAUCCUGACAUAUUCGAACUACUCUAUUUUUGAAACCAAGCUUUCGAGAAAUGUCAUUCCGGAAAUUGACGCUGGAAAAAUCUCGACUGGGAUUAUCCCAUCGGUAGUUGAGGUCCACCCAGAAGACCUUACUGCUGCCUGUAAUACAGACUGUACGCCCGAGCGCUGUGACGCAGCUACAGUCCGGCCCCACGAACCUCCGGCAACUCAGCAUGGUCCUCUGGGCUCCUUCCGACCCUUCAACGUGCCGGCCCGGGCCCAAGAGAUACGGGGGCUGCCGGCAAGCCCGCUUGAACUGUUCCUCCAAUACGUUCCGCAGAGCCUCGUAGAGCAGUGGGCCCAGUGGACGAAUACAGCACCGUUGUCUAGGGAGGGCCCUAGGGCUAGACGGGCUACAGACAAAAGGAAUACCUCUAUUCCAUGGGAACAGCAUAGGAAGGGAUCAAGAAAGGAAGGCUUUAAAGGAGAUAUCUGGGAAUGCCAUCGCUCGGCAACGACGGCAGACAACUCGAAAGGGCUGCUUAGAUUGUAAUGUACCGUUAUGUAUUAGC